AUGACUUCCGCGACACCAGACACGUACCUCAUCGUCGGCGCGGGCGUGUUCGGCGCCGCCACGGCGCUAGAGCUGCGCAAGCGACUCCCCGCCUCGCGCGUGCUCCUUCUCGACCGCAGCCCGUUUCCGAACCCUUUCUCUGCGUCUUCGGACCUGAACAAGAUCAUCCGCGCCGACUACCCGGACCCGUUCUACAUGGGGCUGGCGCUCGCGGCGCAGACGAUGUGGCGCAACGGCGCCCUGUACCCACGCUACUACAACCAGCCCGGCAUGCUGUACGUCGAGAACCAGGGCAUGGCGCAGACGUUUCGCGACAACUACGCCGCGCUCGGCGUCCCGCCCGCGGCCCAGACGCUCGACGAGUACCAGGCGCGCUUCCAGCGCUGGGGCGGCCUCUUUCGCAACGCCCACUGGCACGGCGCCGGCGAGAGCUUCUACUUUAACCCCCACAGCGGCUGGGCCGACGCCGACGGCGCGCUGCGGCACCUCACGCAGGCGGCCAUUGACGCCGGCGCGGAGCACCGCGUCGCGCGUGUUGCGCAGCUGAUUCUAGAGGGCGAGGGCGAGGGCGGGCGCCGCUGCCGAGGCGUGCGCUUGGAGGACGGCUCGGAGAUUUAUGCCCAUCAUGUCGUUGUGGCCGCCGGCGCGUGGACGCCGAAGCUGCUGGCGGACAGCGCGCCGGGCGACGAGGCGAUGCAUGCCGGCGAGAGAAUGGUCGCGGCCGGAGCCAUCCAGUGCGUCGCCAGGGUCCCGGCAGAGCAGGCACACCAGAUGAGAUCGGCGCCUGUUAUCUUCAAUGCCAUGGGGCACACACAAGGUACUGUGAAGAAGAAGAAUAGGAUAUGGAAAGACUUCAACUACGAAUCGAGCUUCACAAACUACGUCACCCUCGAAUCCGGACUGCAGAUCUCGGUGCCUCCAGCGCAGGGCACGGGCGCUGCUUGGAACCAAGACGUGCCGCAAACCUUAAAGGACGAGAUUCACACCGUCGUCAAACACACCUUCGGCGGCCGGAUCCAAGACCUGCAGGUGGAGAGUUACAGAAUGUGUUGGGACGCCGUCACGCCGAAUCAAGACUGGAUCAUUGCACCACACCCACACUGUCAAUCCCUGUACAUUGCCUCGGGCGGCUCUUUCCACAGCUGGAAGUUCAUGCCGAUCCUCGGUCGCUACGUGGUCAAGAUGCUGCUGGGCCAGUUGGGCGCCGACGAAAAGAAGCGCUGGGCCUGGGACCGGGAGGACACCGGCGGGGCUCUUCCCGAGUAUAUCCCCAAGCGAGACCUAAAGGACAUUCCGUAG